GAUUAAAAAUAUUUUUGCAACAGAAGGAAAAUGUUAAGAUAAAUAAAUAUGCACAUGGGAACUUACUAUCAUAAAUGCCCCAGGUACUUCACUAUGUACGCUCUCGUAAUAUUUUGCGUUUUUCAAAUAACUUAUGGAUUCGAAGUACCUUACAAUCCUCUUAUCAAUGAAGGUUUAUUUGAAGGAGACAUAUUAGGUGUUGAUCCAAAUGAGGACCGAAAUGCUGUACCACGUGACUCUCAGUUGUGGCCUGGUGGUGCUGUUCCUUACAUCAUUUCUCCUGAAUUAGAAUUCAUGAGGGCGGACAUAGAGAAGGCUAUGAAACAUAUUGAAGAUAAUAGCUGUAUUCGCUUUGUUAAAAGAACUCAUGAGCGAGAUUACGUCAAUAUUUUCCGUCAUACAGGAUGUUAUUCUCACUGGGGAAGAAUUGGAGGAGAGAAUUUACUUUCCCUCGGAAAGGGAUGCCAAAACUUUAUUAUAAUCGUUCAUGAACUCAUGCAUGCAGUUGGUUUUGAACAUGAGCAUAACAGAUCAGAUAGAGACGAAUAUGUCAGGAUUAACUGGGAAAAUAUAGAACCAAAAUGGUACUAUGCCUUCGAAAAACUCCAGCCUGUACAGAACAGAUUGUUGACCAGAUUCGACAUCAAUUCUGUCAUGUUAUAUGGCAGUACUUUCUUUGCAAAGAGCUGGAACAAGUAUUCUAUGGUGACUAAAGAUGGAAAUUACAUUCCACAAACUUACGAUAAAAAAUCAUUGUCUGAAUUAGAUUCUUUAAGAAUUAGAAUGCUUUACAAAUGCAAGCAAUGAUUGAAUGUACCCCUUAAUUAAAAUUAUUAUAAUAUCAACAAAUACUUAUCGCACAUACUAUUAGAACCAUUUCAAAACUAAAGUUUCAAUGUUUUUUUUUAA